AUGGCGCUUUAUGUUUGAGCGUCGACCGAGCGUUUCCGGAGAAUCCCGAACACAUUCGAAGACUUCCUCCCACCAUCCUCCCCUUCACGCCUAAUGUUGCCGUACCUCCAUCCCUCCCCCCGCAUCAGAGGAGUAGAAACAACAAGCCGCCAUUUUGUUUGUGCGGACUGACCGUCCGAGCGGAGGAGAUAACCGAGGGAAGGAGUGACUCUGGCGACCGGUGACAGCCGCUCUGACAACCGCCGGCUGGAAAACAACCUGGCCAAAUCCCGUCCGUGUUACACAGGGAGAAAAAGACGUCCCCGGGAAAGAGAAGGCGGCCGUGGCGAGGAAGCGGGAGUCGGUGAUAUAUAUAUUUAUAUAUGAGAAGGAAAUACUCUGAAAAAAUCCAAGGAAGGGGGUGUUUCGUGGAGCGAAGACGCGGAAGAGGGCUACAUAUCAUAACGCACGGGGGAAUUUGCGAAAAAAACAAAAAAAAACGGCUGCAGGAAAACAUGAAAAAUAAUAAUGCCUGCGUCGCGGAGGAAGGAAAGAGCCCACAUAGACAAUUAUAUAAAUAAAUUGGUGCCGGGCAGAAGGGAGAGGUGGAAAGAGAGACAAAUUUAAAAAGAGGAGAAAUUGUUAGGAGCAACGCAAAAGCGGAGCAUUCUCCAUCACAAAGAGUCAAUGAGUUUUUUUAAGCCCCAAGUAUUUCAUGAUCGUGAUAGCGACGAGGACCUUUUUGCUUCAGAAAUAGCGAUCAUUUACUUGAGCGAAUCAAUGUUUGUGACAUCUCCGCAGCUCUCCUCCGGCUUCAGUUCCCCCCCCAGGAUCUUGUAGUGGACAGGCAAAAACAUCACCGAGUGCAGUGAGUGGCAAUAUAGAUUUCUCCGGUUUUGCUUUUAAGCGUUUCUAACGAGAGUUAAACGAUGGGAGAUGCUCACCUCGCGCACAGAUAAAUGAUCGUCUGUAAAAAUCAAACGAGGCUAAUUGGAUCAAUCUGACUGGUCGCUCAUCGCCAAUUAGCACCUUAGUUACCCUCCGAACUGUGCUAGCCACGAAUAAAGUCUGGUUCAGAAUCGCUUGCACCGUUUGUGAUUUUUGCCAAGUUUCUUUUUGGUGUCGUUGCCCUUCGCCUGCAUGCUGCAAUAGGCACGAUCGCGCCGAGGGGUUGCAAACCAGCAGAUGUGCAAUAUGAGCCCGUUCUUGUGGAACCCAGUGCCUUGCAUGAUUCAAACACUCAAGUGCACAGAUCAAUCUCACGCAUGACCAUUUUAGUUUUCUCUGAGCGGACACUAUUCUUAUACGUCCUUGUGCAGCAUUGUUCCCCUUCUUCGGGAGCAGCACUCCAAACCAUUUCGCAACGCACCAGUUGAUUGCCUUUUGAGAAUUGGGAAAUCUUGCCGCGAUGUAUGUCCAGCUGAGUGAAAUUGGAAACGCAACUGAGGAUUCACCCAGUGUUGCAUGAGGAAAAACCUCGCUGGCAAAAGUGCUUAUCGGGAUUCCCGUUGGACUCCUCACCGGAGCGUUUCAAGCAGAACUACCGGAUUGCUCCGCCACCAUGGCGGAUAAGACUUAGCAAGCGACGGAGGAAGGAUCCUGGGACAAUUGUGCGCAGCCCAGGCUACGUGCGCUUGUCAGCGGACCGCACGCCGACUCCACCUUCCCACCUCCUUCUGUUCAAAUCUGCGAAGAAACAAACUAUCCGCCAGGGGAGGGGGGCUGAUCUCUGUACACAGGAAUAAACCGAGAAGGAGAGCGGUGGAACAAUUCAACAUAGCCGUCUUCUCCCCUCCCGUCCCCCAAGCGGUGGGGGGACGAUCGGAAGCAAUUCGGAUUAGAAAGCACAAAUAAGGGGAACACGAUUGCCCUUUGUGGAUCUCGAACUUUUUUUCCUUUUUUGAAUUUGUCAAAAAUAUGGCCGAUAAUGUCCUGGAGUCCGGCCCGCCUUCAGCCAAGAGGCCAAAGCUGUCCUCUCCAGCGCUCUCCGUGUCUGCAAGUGAUGGAAACGAUUUUGGUUCACUUUUUGACCUCGAGCACGACCUCCCGGACGAGCUCAUCAGCUCCUCGGACCUGGGUCUGACCAAUGGAGGAGACAUCAACCAACUCCAUACAAGUCUCGGAGGCAUUGGUUUGGGAAGCCAGGAUGCUGCUGCGAAACACAAACAGUUGUCCGAACUUUUGCGUACUGGUGGACCAUCGCAGCAGGGUGGCCCCACUUCCAACAGUGCCGGACCAGGGGCUUCCAUGGGCAUACUGGGAGGUGUCAGCAUCUCCCCCGGUGCACCUCAAGGCAUGCCCCCUCAAGGCCAGCAGCAACAAACCGGACUAAUGCAGCAGGUUGGGAUGGUUGGAGGCUGGAUGGGUGCCCAGAGAAGCACCAAUGGACAGCAACAGCAAGGCUUGAUGGCGGGUCACGUGAUGAACGGCUCGUCGAGGAUGGCUUACCCUGGCGGUGCUGGCAUGGGUAACAGCAGUAAUCUUCUAGCCGAAACACUACAGCAGCAGCAAGGUCAGCAAAUGGGGUCCGGGGGUCAACCAGGGAUACGACCGCAGCAACCAGGAGCACUGAACAAGAUGAAUAUGAUUGCCAAUGCGGGCCCCUAUGGUGGUCCCUAUGGUCCGUCUGCUGGCCAAGGGCUGUCUGGAGCAGGGCUGAGCCCACAACUCCAGAAUAAAGCCGGAAUGGCCAACAACAUGGCCGGCCAGUUUAACAUGGAAAAGAAGGUGACAUCGGGUCAAGGCAUGCCUGGAAUGAUGCCUCAGCAGCAGCAACCUCCAGGCAUCGCCAGCGUAUCAGUCAGUGGAGCAGCAGCAGCAGCAGCGGCGGUGGGAGCGGCUCAGGUUGGACUGGGUGCUGUAGGGGCUGGUCCCUGCACAGCGCCCCCUACAGCAGACCCGGAGAAGCGUAAGCUUAUUCAACAGCAGCUAGUCCUCUUGCUCCAUGCGCACAAGUGCCAGCGAAGGGAGCAAGCAAACGGGGAAGUGAGGCAGUGCAACCUGCCUCAUUGUCGCACCAUGAAGAACGUACUUAACCACAUGACUCAUUGCCAGGCUGGCAAGUCCUGCCAGGUGGCGCACUGUGCCUCAUCAAGACAGAUCAUCUCUCAUUGGAAGAAUUGCACGCGGCAGGACUGUCCCGUGUGCCUGCCUUUGAAAAACGCUGGAGACAAGAGAAACCAGCAGUCUCUUGUCAGUAGUGCAGGACUCGGUUUGGUGAACUCUUUAGGUUCAGGAGUACCGGGUGGGCAGUCCAAUAGCCCAAACUUGACCCCGCCCAAUCAGAUCGACCCCAGCUCUAUAGAGAGGGCCUACGCUGCGCUUGGUCUUACCUAUCAGGGCAACCAGAUGCAACCACAGUCAUCCCAACCCCAGAGCAACUUGCCAAACCAGGGGAUACAAGGGCAAGCCGGAUUGCGCAAUCUGAAUGUCAUGGGAGGAAACUCAAUGGGAGUGAAUGGCGGAGUGCAGAGCCCGAACCACCAAGCGCCCCUGCUGCCAGACGCCAUGUUGCAAAACAGUUUAAAUGCACAGAGUUUAAUGAAUGAUGGUGUGGGGAACCUUGGAUCCAUGCCUACUGCGGCUCCUCCUUCUGCAGCCAUGAGGAAGUCUUGGCAUGAAGACAUCACGCAAGACCUGCGUAACCACCUCGUACACAAACUCGUACAAGCCAUCUUUCCUACUCCUGACCCAGCUGCUCUGAAGGACCGGCGGAUGGAAAAUUUGGUGGCGUAUGCUCGGAAAGUAGAGGGGGACAUGUACGAGUCGGCUAACAGUCGGGCGGAGUACUACCACCUCCUGGCAGAGAAGAUCUACAAGAUCCAAAAGGAGCUUGAGGAAAAGAGGAGGACACGUCUCCAAAAGCAGGCAAUGGUCCCGGGGCAACCUAGCUUGGCCUCCUCAGGCUUCCCACAGGGGCCUCUCAGCCUGGGCCAGCCUCCCAUGCCCCCUGGGCAACCUCCAAAUGGUCCUCACGCCGAUCCAUCCAUGAUUCGACCAGGAGGACCGAAUCAGAUGGCAAACAGGAUGCAGAACCCAGCAGGAAUGAACCAAUUUGGCCAGCUGGGGAUGCAGUCAGUGGGUCAAAGGUCGACACCGCCGCACACACUCAGUUCUCCGAUGAACCAGAUGGGUAUGGGAUCCACAAGGAUGGGUCAACCAAAUGCCACGCAGUUACAGAACCAGUACCUCCCAUCAGGCCAAUUUCCCGGCUCCAGUCCUAGUCUUGGUUCUGGUCCUGUUGGUGUGAACCAGCCAGGAUCACAAACUGCUGUGCCGCUGAACCAGAUGUCAACCCCGCCGUCGCUACCAGCCGGCAGCCCUUCAGCUCAGUCUGCUACCCCUGCCCCGGUCUCUGCACCCUCUGGUGGCUCUAUGGGGGGGGCCGCCAAUGUCUGUGGUGCAGGACCUCUGCCCAACAUGCCUCCGUCCUCCACGUCAAAUCAGCCCAACGCAUUUCCUCACUGCCCACCCAUCCGUACAAACUCCCCAUCACCAGCGCGCAGCUUAACGCCUCAACCUCAUCAGACGACGCCCACGUUACCUCGUUCUCAGACGCCGCAGCCGCAGACCCCGAGUACGCCCCAGCUGCCCCCUCAGAAUCAACAGCAAGCGACUCAGCAAGGGCAGGUGGGGGGCUCUGAGAAGGUUCAUCAGCUUCCACAGCAGACGCUUGGGGGGUCUACUACCUCAGGCCCCCAGGCAGCUCAGGCUUCUUUGGUGCCUACCCAGAAUGCGCAUGUGCCACUACAGCUGCCGCCAACGCCACAGCUGUCCCCUAAGCUCCCCGUAACAACGGACGGUCAGGUGUCUUCACCAGCCUCGGUCAGCAGCAGCGCUGAUCCAAGUUCCCAGCUUGCCCACCAGGACGGUUCCACUCCCAUCCAAGAGCAUAUCAAAAUGGAAGUGAAGAAACAGGAGGAAGAAGAGGAAGAAUCAGAUGAAACCCAAGGAGAGGGCAAGUCUCUGGGCAAGACGGGCAAAGUUGAGCCUGACGAGAAAGCGGAGGAGAAGCAUGAGAUAAAGAAGGAGAAUUUAUCAGAAAAUGGGUGUGAAGCGGAGGCCAUGGAUACAUCUUCGUCCUCUGCGUCUUCCUCAGUGAAAACUGGGGAAGACAAAAAGCCAGAAGUGAAAAAAGAGCCCAAAGAGCAAGACGAGGCAUCUGCAGGCUCCCCAGCCAACACUCAGAGCAAGAAGAAAAUCUUUAAGCCAGAGGAGCUCCGUCAGGCUCUGAUGCCCACCCUGGAGGCUUUGUACCGGCAGGACCCCGAGUCCCUCCCUUUCCGUCAGCCGGUGGACCCCCAGUUACUGGGAAUACCCGUACGUAUUCGAACUAGUAACAAAACUAACCUGGACUACUUUGACAUCGUGAAGAACCCCAUGGACCUGUCUACAGUCAAGCGGAAACUGGACACGGGGCAGUACCAAGAGCCGUGGCAGUAUGUGGAAGAUAUCUGGCUGAUGUUCAACAACGCCUGGUUGUACAACCGCAAGACAUCCCGAGUGUACAAGUACUGCUCCAAGCUGGCCGAGGUCUUUGAGACUGAGAUCGAUCCUGUCAUGCAGGGUCUCGGAUAUUGCUGUGGAAGGAAGUUUGAGUUUUCCCCCCAAACUCUUUGCUGCUAUGGAAAACAAUUAUGCACCAUCCAGCGUGAUGCUGCUUAUUUUAGCUACCAGAACAGGUACCACUUCUGUGAGAAGUGUUUCAACGAAAUCCAGGGCGAGAGCGUCUCCCUGGGCGAUGACCCUUCGCAGCCUCAAACGUCCAUCAACAAAGACCAAUUCCAGCGAAAAAAGAACGACACUCUUGAUCCUGAGUUGCUUGUGGAAUGUGGCGACUGCGGUCGUAAAAUGCACCAGAUCUGUGUUCUGCAUCAUGAAACCAUUUGGCCCUCAGGCUUUGUCUGUAACAACUGUCUGAAGAUGGCCAAUAAGACACGGAAAGAGAACAAAUAUGCAGCUAAAAGGCUUCCUCAGACCAAGCUGGGGAGCUUUCUGGAGUCGCGAGUGAACGAUUACAUCAAACGACAGAAUUACAUCGAGGCUGGCGAGGUCACCAUUCGAGUGGUCCAUGUCUCCGACAAGGUGGUUGAGGUCAAACCGGGCAUGAAGUCCAGGUUUGUGGACAGUGGAGAAAUGUCCGAGUCCUUCCCAUACCGGAUGAAAGCCUUAUUUGCAUUUGAGGACAUUGACGGAGCAGAUGUGUGUUUUUUUGGAAUGCACGUUCAAGAGUACGGCUCUGACUGCCCGCCCCCCAACCAGAGACGGGUGUAUAUCUCGUACCUGGACAGCGUUCACUUCUUCAAACCUCGACAUCUCAGGACCCAUGUCUAUCAUGAAAUCUUACUUGGUUACCUGGAGUAUGCGAAAAGGCUCGGGUACACAACAGGUCAUAUCUGGGCGUGUCCUCCAAGUGAGGGCGACGAUUACAUUUUCCAUUGCCACCCGCCGGAUCAGAAGAUCCCCAAGCCCAAAAGGCUACAAGAGUGGUACAAGAGAAUGCUGGACAAGGCGGUGUCUGAGCGCAUAGUCCAUGAUUACAAGGAUAUCUUCAAACAGGCCACAGAGGACCGCCUGACCAGCGCGAAGGAGCUUCCGUACUUUGAGGGAGACUUCUGGCCCAACGUCCUGGAGGAGAGCAUCAAGGAGCUGGAGCAGGAAGAGGAGGAGAGGAAGAGGGAGGAAAACAGUACCUGCAACGAGAGUACUGAUGCCACGAAAGGAGACAGCAAAAAUGCCAAAAAGAAGAACAAUAAAAAGACCAGCAAGAACAAGAGCAGCAUGAGCCGAGCCAACAAGAAGAAGCCGGGAAUGCCCAACGUGUCCAAUGACUUGUCCCAAAAACUCUAUGCCACCAUGGAGAAACAUAAAGAGGUCUUCUUUGUCAUCCGGCUCAUCGCUGGCCCUACUGCCAACUCACUGCCCCCCAUCAGUGACCCUGACUCCCUGAUGGCCUGUGACCUAAUGGAUGGCCGUGACGCUUUCCUAACGUUGGCCAGGGACAAGCAUCUGGAGUUCAGCUCUCUCAGGCGCUCCAUGUGGAGUUCCAUGUGUAUGUUGGUGGAGCUCCAUAACCAGAGCCAGGACCGGUUUGUCUACACUUGCAAUGAGUGUAAGCACCACGUGGAGACGCGCUUCCAUUGCACUGUUUGCGAGGACUACGACUUGUGCAUCACCUGCUAUAACGCUAAAGGCCACGAGCACAAAAUGGACAAGUUGGGACUUGGGCUGGAUGACGACAGCAACAACCAAGCGGCGGCGUCCACCCAGAGUCCAGGAGACUCUCGGCGUCUGAGCAUCCAGCGGUGCAUCCAGUCGCUGGUCCACGCGUGCCAGUGCCGCAACGCCAACUGCUCGCUGCCGUCGUGCCAGAAGAUGAAGCGUGUUGUUCAGCACACCAAAAGCUGCAAGCGCAAGACCAACGGCGGCUGUCCCAUUUGCAAGCAGCUCAUCGCUUUGUGCUGCUACCAUGCCAAACACUGCCAGGAGAACAAAUGUCCCGUUCCCUUCUGCCUCAACAUAAAGCAAAAGCUCCGUCAGCAGCAACUCCAGCACCGGCUGCAACAGGCGCAGAUGUUAAGACGGAGGAUGGCCAGCAUGCAGAGGGUGGGACAAGCCGCUGGGGCUCAACCAGGAGGGCCCGUUAUGGGACUGCCGUCACCGGGCACGAAUGGCAUCACUGCGCCCAGCACGCCGACAUCUGUGGGGACUCAACCUCCAACUCCUCAGACGCCGACUCAGACCAUGCCCACCGCUCCGCAACAAGGAUUGGGUCCAGGCCCCGGAGGUCAGCAAGUUCCUCAACCGAGUGGCAUGCCUCUGCAGCAGCAACAGCUUCACCACCAGUUUCAGCAGAUGCCAGGUGGAGGCAAUGGGGGCAUAAUGAGCUCCCCUCAACAUCAGCACCAGAUGCUCUCGCAGGUCCAGCAGCAGCAGCAGCAGCAAGGUGGAGGAGGAAGCAACCAUCAGGAACUCCACCAGCACUCCAACAACAUGCCUGUGUUUGCUAGCAGGGCCCCAGGUUCUUCUCCCCUCCACCAUUCCCAAGGGAAACCGGUUCUGGGAUCUGCGACACCGCCUCGGCAACAACCCGGUUGCCCCGUCAUGGUCGGGAAUGUCGGGGCUCAACCUCUCAAUCAGCUCCAAGGCCAGCCCGCUCUUCCACAGCAGCAGCAGCCUUCCGGCCCUCCGCCGGCCGCGGUCGAGAUCGCAUUGAAGAUCCAGAGGGUCGCCGACGCCCAGAGGAAGAUGGCUCUGCAGAGACAAGUGGCCGCGGGCCUGCUGCCUCCUCACCCCCACCAAGGGCAACAGAUGGCUGUGGGACACCCAGGGCCUGGAGGGGCAGGAGGACCCCAGGUCAUGCCACCUCAAAGCCAAGCCGCAAUGCAGUCAGCUCGAGCCCACAUGGAGCAGCAGCAGCAGCAGCAGCAGAGCGCUUCGGCUGGGAUGAUGGUUGGCACCGGUGGGCCCAUGCUACAACAUCAGCAGCAACAGCAAGGCAACGUUCCGCAGGGCCAGAUCCCAGCUCAGGUUCAACUUCAGCAGCAGAGGAUGGGCACUCCACUUCAAAACCCACAGCAGCAGCAACAACAAUGGACAGGCCAGGGGAUGCCACCCCAGCAGAGGCAGGCUCUGAUGAACCAGAUGGGGCAUCAGGUUUUGAUGGUAGCGCAGCAGCAGCAACAGCAGCAGCAACAACAACAGCAGCAGCAACAAUUGCAGCAGCAGCAACUACAGCAGCAGCAGCAGCAGCAGCAGCAACAACAGCAACAACAACAACAGCAACAACAACAACAACAACAGCAGCAAGCUCAGAGCUCUACUGCCAUGAUGAAUAUGACGCAACAACAACAACAGCAGCAGGCGCAGCAGCAGCAGCAGCAAGGUGCCGCUGGAGCGAUGCUCGCAGGAGCUGGGCCAGGAGCUGGCGCGGGUGGCAACAUCACCCAGGCCGCCCUGCAGGAUCUUUUACGCACUCUCCGCUCGCCCAGCUCGCCACUCCAGCAGCAACAAGUCCUCAACAUCCUGCGCUCCAACCCUCAACUCAUGGCUGCUUUUAUCAAACAGAGGGCCUCGAAGUACAAAGGGGGCCCGGGAGGUCCCGGACCUACCGGGGGUCCUGUCGCUAAUGUGAUGGCGGGAGGGGGGCCGCAGGCGAACAUGAAUGCGACGGGCCAAUCGGCGAUGCAUAUGGGGGGCCAAGGAGGGGCCAAUAUGGCUACUAUGGCUCAGCUACAGCAGCAGCAGCAGCAACAGCAAAUUCAACAACAGCAGCAAAUUCAACAACAGCAGCAAAUUCAACAACAGCAGCAAAUUCAACAACAACAGCAGCAAAUUCAACAACAACAACAGCAAAUUCAACAACAACAGCAAAUCCAACAACAACAGCAAAUUCAACAGCAGCAGCAGCAGCAGCAGCAGAGACCAGUCCUUGGUGGUCUGCAGCAGCAGCAGCAAAUUGCAGCUCUCCAGCAGCAACAAGCUGCCGGAAGAGGUCUGCAGGGCCAGGGGCCACAAAUGGCCAAUCUGAACAAUCCCCAAUUUCGAGAGCUGCUCAUGAGGAGACAUCUUCAACAACAACAACAACUGCAGCAACAACAACAACAGCAGCAGCAGCAACAACAACAACAACAGCAGCAACAACAACAACAGCAGCAGCAGCAACCGCAUCAACAUCAACAGCAGAUGGGGCUCAAUCACGCUCAGUUUCAGCAGCCCCAGCCCCCACCGGGCCAGGGUUACAUGGGCCAGCCUGGGAUGCAGCCCCCAGUGGGACAGGGCCCCUCGGGAGGUCCUCAGCAGCCCGGAGGUCCCCCUAGCCAGCAGAGUCCGGGGUACCCCAGCUCGGCCCAGCAACAAGUCGCAGCUGCACUGCAGCAGCGGCUACAGCACCACCACCUCCAGAUACAGCAGCAGAACGCCGUGACGGGCUUGCCCGGUGGCGAUUCGGGGCCCGGUGGCGGCGUGGGACCCCCGCAGCCGCCCCAGGGUCCUCAGACGGCUCAAAACGGCCCCUCGUCCUCUCAGGCCCUCCUUCAGCAGGCCCUCCACCAGAGGCUGCUGCAACAACAGCAGCAACAUCUCGGCACCGGGGGCUCGCCGGCGCAGCACAGCAAUCCCAUGAGCCCCCAGCAGCCCCCCCAGAUGGCCCAGUCCCCCCACCCUCACCUGCAGGGUCAGACGCUGGCCAACCAGGUGCGCUCUCCCCAGCCGUCACCCAGACCCCAGUCGCAGCCACCGCACUCCAGCCCAUCGCCGCGCAUGCAGCCGCAGCCGUCCCCUCAUCACAUAUCACCCCAGAUGCAGACGGGCUCCCCUCACCCGGCCCACCUGAACCAGCACCACCCAGGCAUGGUGGUCCCCCAGCAGCAGCCUUCGUCCCAGCAGCAGCAGCAGCAGCAGCAACAGAACUCUAUGGAACAAUUUGGCUCGGAGCAGAGUGCCAUGUUAUCUCAGCUGAGUGGGAUGGCGGCUCUACAUGGGCAGGGGGGCAACAGUCAGGACCCACUGGGCCAGAACAUCAAUCACAACCCUUUAGACAUCAUGUAGGAAUUCUACUUCAUGUGUCAUGUCGAGCUUUGGAAAAGAAAAACAAAGCUCUGAUCCUUCGCACAAACUGCACUCAUCCAGGACAGUGUUAUCUAUCUAUCUCUUUUUUUUUUUCUUUUUUUUUUAACUUAGCCUUUCUUUUCUUUUUUUUUUUUUUAUAUACACGUAUAAUUAAAUGUUAUUUAAAACGUUUUCAAUACAGAUGCAUUGAGCUGAACUUCCUAUGGGAGAUGAACAAUAAAUCAAGCAGUCAUUAAAUAAAUUAGAGUAAAUGAAUUGUAAGUUAUUGCUGUUUAAUAUAUUUUUUGCCAAUUGUGGAUAAAGGGGGGGGCGGAUGUGCCGCACCCCCGCGUCUUGCAGAAUACAGUGCGUGAAAGGUAAUAUUUUUGGAGGGUUAAGGGGGAAAUGCCUUUUUAAGAAAUGUUUUUAAGUAUUCAAGAAUUAGAGGAAGUGAUAUAAUGCAAAUAAUCUUUUUUUUUUCCUUUUUUUAAUUAUUCGAUUGUUUACCACCAUUCAGUCUGUUUAUUUUGCAGAGUGAAAUUUGUAUUAUUUUUAUUAUUAUUAUUCAUGUCAAUCCAAACAUGAUGCAUAUCUUCUUUUUUUUUAAUGUUUGGCUUUGCUUUAUUUAUUGUCUUCUUUUGUGGUGGGGGCGUGAUGUACCUUGAGACUGCGCCGCAUUUCCUAUAGAAAUCUAUUUUUGUUAUUGAAGGGGGUUAACGGAUCUUUUUUUUUUCUUUUCACUUUUCAUGUAUUUAGUUGUAUGUGCGAAAAAAAUUCAGAUGUCAGUGUUUUCUUGCAGUUUGUCAACAGUCUGCUGCUGUGAGUUUGACAAGUCGAGAGGACACGUUGUAACGGACAUCCGCCAUGCUGGAAGGGAACGUUCCCUCGCAAACAUGCAGGCCCUCUCCCUCGAAUGUGUGCGCGCUCCCUCCUUAAAAGACACUCAGCGUGGGAGACUUGGGGAGGGGGGCUGCAUACCUGUGUGCCUGUAAUCUAUCGAGUACAUCGGCUGGGAUGCGAAACGUGAGCGUGAUGGGCUCUUUGUAUUUUUCUUUUUUUUUUGUUGUUGUUUCUUACAAUUCUCCAGUUGGAGUCAAAAGGAGAAUAUCGAUCCAAAUGAACUGCGUUGCACAGAAAAGAGGAGAAUGCAGGAGAUAUGAACAGUCAUUCUCCAUCUUUCUGCCUCGUCCCAGUUGCUGCUUCCCUUGGACUCCCCCCCCCCCCCCUCCUCCUCCUCCUCCUCCCCCCUCCCCUUCCCCAAUUGCCUCUGCCAGGGGGAGAGUUGCUCUUUCCCAAAGUCCAUCCUCUAUCUUUCUGCUAAGAACUUUGGGAGUUUAUUUAAUAUUUUUUACUGUACAAAGGAAAAACUGUGGACUCAAAUACUGUUUUUAUAAUAAAAUGAAAAUGAACAUUA